GAUGAAGCGAUAGAUAAAAAGUCAAAUGGGGUUGGCUGGAUGACUGCAAUGCAGACUGGAAAAUUCGGAGCGAGCGAAAAGGGGGUUGCUGGGCGCAGUAGUGUAGAGCAGUCGUAGUCGGCUGACAGAAGUCAGACAGGAAUGGAGUAAUACAGACCAUCUAACGAGCUAGCUAAGGAGCGAGUGCACGACAAGUCGAUAAGUAAUCAACGAAAAUUAAUUGCAUCCGACAAUAAGCUUUAAGCGAAAGGCAUUGGAAAAAAUCGAAAAGUUCUUCUCAAAUACACACACAAACACAAAAGCGCCUAUAAAGUAUCUACCAUCCACCCACCUUCGCAGGCAACGUCGACAUAUGUACAUACACAUGUAUGUACUUUAUUGAAGAAAAUCCUCAGCCUACAACGAAAUCGAAGGGUCCGUUCUAACUCCUUCGACCAGCAUCUUGUUUUCAACAAAAAAAAAAAAAAACCAAAAAACCUGUCAGUAAGAAAACCCCAACCGCAUACCAGCGGUAUUUUUAACUAGUCGCCAAUUGGUCUCCAUCUACGUCACCUUCCAUUCUUGAACAAGCAAGCAUUCCAUAUAUAUGAUUAUCGUUUUGUUGUUAUUGUUUCAAUCACUAUGUUUAUACUGUCAGCGGCUUGUUCUGCAUAUACACGAUCGAUGGAUCAAUCCGAAGAACUCACGCCUACUCAAAGAGGCCGCUGAGACAUCAUCGGCCGCGACACGUAAGCUCCUGCUAGAGCAGUACCACACUGGGGGCUUGGAGAGCAAUAAGCAGACGCGUAAGCGGAAUUCUACAUCGGCGUGCGGUGAGCCAGACGGCUCGGGCGGUAUUUUAGCUGAAGCUUGUCGUUUUUGCGCGAACAGCCCGCAGGGAUACUGUCGUCACCAUUUUCAUCUACAGGAAUUGGAGUUGCGAAAAGCUCAACAAAACAAACAGGUAGAACAAAAAAGCCAUCCACUAUCACAAUAUCGGCCACGAUUUUGGCAGCCGCUCUGUGGUGGUAACAGCACCACUGCCUUGGAGCAUAUAUGGGCGCAGCGGCGGCAGCAACGCAAAGUGAAUCGUGAAUUGAAGCGUAAUUUGAAAAAUCGAUUGUGUGCCACAACGUCACUACAGCAACAACAACAACAACCACAACAGCUACAACAGCUACAACACCCAAUGCAAAAGCAAUUUCAACUAAACCGACAGUAUUUGAGGCGACAGCAAUAUGAAGAGUCAAUGAGGGCAAGAAACGCCGGUACUAUUAGCAGCAGCAGUAGCUCGAGCAGCGGUGGUAGUCCAUUGUGGGAUACGUCCACAUCGAACUCGUCCAGUGGUCAUCAGUCACCUUUCGCCGCUGUAUACAACGUUAAUGGGUCGCUUACUGACAUUGACACAACAGAUUCUGGUUUAGCCACCUCCUUGGAGAGUGUUGCCUAUUACGGCGCUGAGGAACAGGAAUCCAUCGAGGAAUCGCCACCAGUUCUAGAAGAGAAGCUAACGCCAAAUUCAACUAUAACUACAACACACCUGUGAAUGAGUG